CUGUCUCAUUGGUUGUGGGCGGGGCCAGGCUGGCUGGGACGCAGGUAAUGGAGGAGGAGUGGUGAGCGGCAGCCAAGAUCAUGAAUGAGACGGAGCUCCGGAGACUUUCGGUAGGGCACGUCCUGUGUGGGCUGGCCGUCCUCUUCUCCCUUUGUGUCCCGCCGCUCCUCCUAGAUGAUUUCUCACUUUUGGGAACCCACCUCGCGUGGCUCUGCAUCUGCUCCGCUUGUGUCAUCUCUGUUAAUGUUCUGUUACUGCUAACGCUGAAACCAAAUACCUCAACCAAAAGGAUCUCGUUUCCACACAAGGUCAAUAAAAUGUACAGAUCGUGUCUCUACUUCUUUGUUUCCUGCUUGCUGUUCCAUGGGAUUAUAGUCCUGUACGGGGCGCCUCUCGUAGAAUCAGUGGGGGAAACCUUUCUGUUUGCAGUCCUGCUCUCGUCUUACACCACAUCUCGUUGUCUCUGUAUACUAGGACCAAACUUUCAUGCUUGGGUCAGAGUGUUCAGUAAGGAUGGGGCGAUGUCAGUCUGGGACCACAGUCUACAAAUAACCACAAUCUGUAGUAUAGUAGGAGCCUGGCUUGGAGCAUUUCCUAUACCAUUAGACUGGGAUAGGCCUUGGCAGGUAUGGCCGAUCUCCUGCUCACUGGGUGCCACGUUCGGAUAUGUUAGCGGUCUUCUUCUGGCUCCGUUCUGGAUUUACUGGAACAGGAAACGUCUAACAUACAAAAGCAGAUAGUAAGAGCAGGCGGAUGACUUGCGUGUCUGUUUGUGUGAUGGGACAUGAAGUCCGAACGUAGACCAAGCACGGUCUCCCCGCUGCACGCACGUAACGUCGCUAUAAAGUAGACCCUGAGAAACCGCAUCUUUGUGAGCGAUCGUGCUCUUGCCGUAUCUGUAAAGCCGGUCAAUAAAGAGUCUUUUGUG